AUGCUGAACUGCUCUCGACCAGACCCGCCCUCCCUGCUGGAGGCUCUCCAACCGGUCUUCAACCUGAGCUCCAUUCGACCUGUCAUGGAUUUGUCCAACCCCACUAAUGUCAGCAUCGACUUCACCCUGUUUGGCAUUUUGGGGGUGGAUGAGAAGGCCCAAGUCCUGAAAACGUUUAUUUGGCAGGAAUUAGAAUGGAGAAAUAACUUCGUCCGCUGGGACCCACAACAGUGCGGUUCUACAUGGAUUACAAUUCCCAGGAAACUGCUCUGGGUACCAGACGUGGUCAUCAAUGAAUUUAUGGAGAAGAACUCAGCUCCGUUCGUCCCAUACAGCUAUCUGUUUCAUGACGGCUUGGUGAUCGAUAAACAGCCUGUCAAAGUCAUCAGCUCCUGCAGGCUCGAUAUCUACACGUUUCCAUUUGACAUCCAGAACUGCAGUUUAAGCUUCAACCCCUACUUACACCACCUAAAAGAUGUGCGACUUAACGUCUCAUCAACUGUAGAGGACAUUUUUAAAAACUCCAAAGAAGUGAUGACAACUAUGGGCGAGUGGGAACUGGUUGGAAUCGCAGUGAAGAUAUCUGAAAUACCAACUGGUGAUGAAUAUUACCACGAGAUUCGCUUCUUUGUGUCAGUGAGGCGCCGGGCCACCCUGUAUGUGGUGAACCUGCUGAUCCCCAGCUGCUUCCUCAUCACAGUGGACCUCUUCAGCUUUCUUCUGCCUCCCAAGAGCGUCGACAGGUCCUUGUUCAAGAUGACCCUCAUCCUGGGCUACACCGUCUUCCUGCUCAUCAUGAACGACAUGCUGCCUGUCACUGGAAACACCAUACCUCUCAUAAAUGUGUUCCUGUGUCUGUGUCUGUCUCUGAUGGUGGCGAGUCUACUGGAGACUAUCGUCAUCACCAACCUGCUGUGUGGCUCUGCUCACUACUCUCCAGUCCCUCGCUGGGUCCGAGUGUUUGUCAUUCACAUCCUGGGCCGCCUGGUGUGGCUUCCUCCAAAGCCUGGAGACCUAGAGGACACGGUCAUCCAAAAUCCUGCUGCACAAGAAAUGAAAGUGUCCUCUCUGGUGGUGGAGGACAGGGGGGCUUCAGAACAGAGGGGAUCGCUGGAUGGGGACAAGGCCCUGCAGGAGCUGAGGAGCCUGGGUAGGGACCUCCAGGCCAUCUCCCUCCAGGUGAAGCAGCAGCUGGUUGGAAGCCAGAGCUCAGAGGAGUGGAUCCAGUUGGGUUUCAUCAUCGACCGCCUGCUGUUCGGCCUCUACAUCCUCUUCAUAUCAGUCAGCUUCAUUACCAUCACCAUCAUGUGGUGGCAGUCGUACAGCACAUCUGGAUUAUGA